AUGUCGAAGCCCUCGGACCAUAUCAAGCGCCCCAUGAACGCCUUCAUGGUGUGGUCCCGGGGCCAGCGGCGCAAGAUGGCCCAGGAGAACCCCAAGAUGCACAACUCGGAGAUUAGUAAGCGCCUCGGGGCCGAGUGGAAGCUGCUCUCCGAAGCCGAGAAGCGCCCCUACAUCGACGAGGCCAAGCGGCUGCGAGCCCAGCACAUGAAGGAGCACCCCGACUACAAGUACCGGCCCCGCCGCAAGCCCAAGAACCUGCUCAAGAAGGACAGGUAUGUCUUCCCUUUGCCCUACCUGGGCGACACUGACCCCCUCAAGGCGGCAGGGCUCCCCGUGGCAGCCACGGACUCUCUGCUCAGCUCCCCGGAGAAGGCCCGGGCUUUCCUGCCCCCCACCUCGGCGCCUUACUCCUUACUUGACCCCAGCCAGUUCAGCUCCAGCGCCAUCCAGAAGAUGACUGAGGUGCCGCACACCUUAGCCACCAGCACCCUGCCCUACGCCUCCACCUUGGGAUACCAGAACGGGGCCUUUGGCACCUUGAGUUGCCCCAGCCAGCACACCCACACCCACCCGUCGCCGACCAACCCGGGCUACGUGGUGCCGUGUAACUGUACCGCUUGGUCGGCCUCAAGUUUGCAGCCUCCCGUGGCCUACAUUUUAUUCCCGGGCAUGACCAAGACUGGAAUAGACCCCUAUUCUUCAGCGCACGCCACAGCCAUGUAACACACAAAAGUCCCGUUUGACAGUCACACCUAGGCAGGCGAGACGCUUGGCUGGCAGAUGGAAACAAAUCGGAAUCCCGGCACGUGCAUGUAAACAGAGAGACUGCGGGGAACAA